UUUAUUUUAUUAUACGUAUGCAAAAUUUGCCUAAAUUUUUACAAUUUCCGUUUCUUUUCUCAUCUCCCUUCGCCCACUUACAAAUCACCCCCAGCCACCAUUUUUCUCUAUUCUUCUUCCGGCGAACGGCCACGCUCACACUGCACUCUACCUCCGGCCACACCCACGAACACCGAUCCCAAAAUUUCCAGAGAUCUUCCUUCUCCACUGAACAUCGACGACCUGCCGCGACCGACGCAAACCCGCGACCUCUGACGAUUUGUUCUCCGGCGACAAUGCUAACGAACAUAAACCGCGUUGGAGAUCUGUGCGACGGCAGCUCCAAAUCCUCAUACUGUCCUCCGGCGAAGUGCAUUCCAGCAGUGAUGGAGCAAUGUUUUCCCUCUUUCUGACAAGCGCAUCCCUCUCUUCUUCUUUGAUUAUUAAUUCCUCUUUGUCCCAACUUCGAGCCAUAGUUCCCACCGACAUUUGCUCUGCUGCAGCUCCUGCCACCCUUCGCCCAGGUGUUCGACGUUCUCUCUCUUCUCUCUGCCAUAGUUUCACCGUUCUCCAACCCUUAGACCCUGUAUUUGGUUUGAUCCGCUUAAUUUUGUUUUUGCAGCAUCCUGAUCCAAUUGGAAGUGGAUCUGCACUUAUCAUUUUAGAAGUGGCUGGGUCUAAUUGUAUUGUGCCUGGACAAAUCUGCACUUGCCAAAUUACUUGGUCUCAAGAUGUCUAAUGAAGAUGAUAUUGAGAACUUCAAAGCUGAUAAGGGCCUGGAAGGGCUAGGGGCUUCUGCUUUAUCAGAUGAGAGCCCAGCAAACUGGUACACUAUUGUACUGCAGCAAGUCUCAGUAUAUGGUGUUGCAGUCGGGUACUGUGUUUCUGCAUCUCUGCUUUCCAUCAUCAAUAAAUGGGCAGUCAUGAAGUUUCCUUACCCAGGUGCAUUGACUGCCCUACAAUACUUCACUAGUGCAGCUGGAGUUUUUGUCUGUGGUUGUGCUGGAUUUAUUGAACAUGAUCGACUUGAUCUCUUGACAAUGUGGCGAUUCCUACCUGCUGCAAUUAUAUUUUAUCUUUCCCUAUUCACCAACAGUGAGCUUCUCUUGCAUGCCAAUGUUGACACGUUCAUCGUUUUCCGCUCAGUGGUACCAAUUUUUGUUGCCAUUGGUGAGACCCUUUUCCUGCACCAGCCUUGGCCAUCAAUGAAUACAUGGUUCUCACUAGCUACGAUCCUCGGUGGUAGCAUUCUUUAUGUACUGACAGAUUAUCAAUUCACAUUGACAGCUUACUUUUGGGCUUUGGCUUAUCUCAUUAGCAUGUCCAUCGAUUUUGUAUACAUAAAGCACGUUGUUAUGACUAUAGGGCUGAAUACAUGGGGCCUUGUGCUGUACAACAACUUAGAGGCACUUCUUUUGUUUCCAUUGGAACUUUUUAUCAUGGGAGAACUCAAGAAAAUCAAGCAGGAAAUCUCAGAUGAAUCUGAUUGGCACUCGUUUGCAGUGGUUUUGCCCGUUGGGUUGUCAUGCUUAUUUGGUUUGUCAAUUUCUUUCUUUGGGUUCUCUUGUCGAAGGGCGAUUUCUGCAACUGGUUUCACUGUACUCGGGAUUGUGAAUAAACUCCUUACCGUUGUGAUCAAUUUAGUCAUCUGGGAUAAGCAUUCAACUUUCAUUGGAACUGUGGGGCUCUUGAUAUGUAUGUCAGGUGGAAUCUUGUAUCAACAAUCAACGAUCUCGAAGCCAAAGGCAGUCACGAAAGAGGUAAGAGUAGAUGAAACAGUGGAUGAAGAGCAACAAAAACUACUUGAAAUGCAAAGUGUUUCAGAUAGCGGUAACGCAGAGAACAAGGUUAGUCAGUCAAAGGAUGGAAGAUCAUGAGGUGCAUUUUAUGGCUAAUAUUUGGUUGAAUUUUAGGGUUCAAAUUUAUCACUUGUAACAAGGCAAUUUAGUUUUUUUUACAAGGCUCUUUGACAGUAGUUGCAUUUUAUGUAUAUCUUAUUUUGUUCAUUGAAAUUGUUCUUUUUUUUCUUUCCCUUUCAAAAUUUGACAUGGAAGUGGAUAUACAUGUAUUUUAAGAUUGCAUGAGAUAAGUUGACGAUGCUUACUUAGAACUUAAAAUCCCA